AUGUCGUUUCUUAUUCAUAUGUAUGGUCUUAUCCAGGUUGGAAUCAAGCCGGGUGACGUGGUGAUUAUAUUGGAUGAACAGCAGCAUGAAACAUUUGUUCGGAGAGGAGCUAAUUUGGUGAUGCAGUUGAAACUGACUCUAGUUGAGGCGUUGUGUGGGUGCACGAAGUUUGUGAAAACACUCGACAAUCGAUAUCUGAUAUUCUCUAUACUGCCUGGUGAAGUGAUAAAGCACGGUGAUAUGCGGACUAUAUUGGGCGAAGGGAUGCCACACUACAAGAAUCCAUUCGAGAAGGGUGAUCUGAUCGUGCAGUUCGAUGUGACAUUCCCGAAGUCGAUCGCAGCCAAUAAGAUGGAUCAGUUGAAGAAAUUAUUGCCAGAUCGUGUUGAUCCGAUCAUACCGGACGGUGCGGACGAGGUGGAUCUGGAGGUGAUUAGCGAGAGAAGUCGUCACUCUUCCUCUUAUUAUGAUGAACAGCAAGGUGGUGGGCCUGUUAGAUGUCAAACACAAUAG